ACGGGCACCAAUGGCGCGGCGUCGGUGGGCGGAGACGGCGGAGUGCUUUCAUCCAUAUUCAUCGUGGCGUUGGGACCGAGGCCGUUUCUCCCGCCGUUAAGUACUUGCUCCUUUGUAGCGCGAGAGGCAGCACGUUCGUCGGCUCGUCGCGCUGGGAGAAUUUUUAAUCGCCUCUAAACAAAACAACAAAGAAAAAAGUCUCUCUUAGACCCGGUGUGCUCCACCAAACCGCCACCACGUUGAAUUUUACAGAGUUUUCGGCCCCCUAUUCCAGCAUGGCUGGUGCAGCGGACGGCCUUGAUCAAGACGGCACGAACAAGUCAGCAUUCAUGGAAAUUCAACAGCAAGGGCUGGCCGGAAUGCCCCACCAUGCCCAAGCGUACCCGAUCCGCUCGACCUACUCGACGCAGCCGUCGCAACACGAGGCCGUGUUCGCCUCGGCGCAUAACCCGAGGCCCCUCGGAGCCAACCCUUUCCCUAUGAACUAUAACCCGUUGAACACCAGCCUCCAUAACACCUACUCGCAUCCAAGUCAUCCAUACCUGAGCACCUACCCGGCGAACGUACCUGGUUGUCCUCCAUGUCCAUCACCUCCUAGAGACGCCACCUCAUCCCUAGUUGCCCUCCAGAGCCGCAUGAUGGGCAGUGCUCCAUACAAGUACAACUCCCGGUCAAUUAAAGACGAACCACAGUGGGAUCUUGGUUACUAUGACAUGGGUGUAGAUAAAUCUCAAUUGGAAGAGACGUUGCGCGUGAACGGUAAAGGGAAGAAGAUGAGGAAGCCUCGUACAAUUUACUCUAGCCUCCAACUGCAACAGUUGAACAGGAGGUUCCAAAGAACCCAAUACCUCGCCUUGCCCGAGCGAGCUGAGCUUGCGGCCUCUUUAGGCCUCACACAAACACAG